AUGCAGGACUUGAACGGCUCCGGCCACAAUGGCGGCAACUCGACACGUUUCCCUGGUCACGCCUCCAAACCCUCCAGCAGUGAUACAGGUUUCUCCCAUGGCGCCUUUACCUCCAACGUCUCUGGAUUUGCCGAGAGACACCCUCGCCGAGGCAACAUCCCUUCUCUCAAUACCCAUGUGAACCAGGGUCACGGCGCCAAUGCUUCCGAUGUCGCCUCCCCAGGAACCGCCUUUGAUAUGCAGUUCACACCUCUUCUCCCCUCACAACUUCUCAUGGGAAGCCCCUUCCAACCCGGCAGCCCUGCGGCCUUUGGUAGCCCUCAGUUCCAGUCUCUUUCCGCUUUUCAGGGCUCUCAGCAGCCGCAUCAGGGAAACCAGCAGCACAAUGGCGGCAUGUCGAGCCCUACCCAGCAAAAUAUGUCUCCUCAGCAGUACCACGCCAUGGUUUCACCUUCUCAAUACGGCGCGCCACAGUUCUUCCCGCCUCAGUCUCCCACGGGUGGUUUCAACAUGCAGACCUCGAUGCAGCCUGGCUCACCCGUGCCCAUGAACGGCCCCUCCGCCAGUGGCACGAGCCGAACCGUCUACCUUGGUAACAUUCCCCCCGACACAUCGGCCGAAGAGAUCCUCGGUCAUGUUCGCAGUGGCCAAAUUGAGUCGGUUCGUCUGCUUCCUGAUAAGAACUGCGCCUUCAUCUCCUUCCUCGACGCCAGCUCCGCCACCCACUUCCACUCAGAUGCCAUCUUGAAAAAGCUCUGCAUCAAGGGUCAGGAUAUCAAGGUUGGUUGGGGUAAGGCUUCUCAGGUUCCUACAUCGGUUGCCCUCGCUGUCCAGCAGUCUGGUGCUUCCCGGAAUGUCUACUUGGGCAACUUGCCAGAGGAAGUGACGGAAGACGAGCUUCGCGAGGAUCUCGGCAAGUUCGGUCCAAUUGAUACUGUCAAGCUCGUUCGCGAGAAGAGCAUCGCCUUUAUUCACUAUUUAUCCAUUGCCAAUGCUAUCAAGGCCGUUACGCAACUCCCCCAGGAGCCCAAGUGGCAAGCGCCUCGCCGCGUUUAUUACGGCAAGGACCGCUGCGCCUACGUCUCCAAGACGCAGCAGCAGAACGCCGCUCAAUAUCUCGGAAUUGCCCCUGGCUACGCUCAUAUGCUGACUGGCGCUGACCGCGAUGUCAUCUCCAACGCCUUGGCCCAGCAGUCCGUUGCUGCCGCUGCUGUGGCCACUACUGCGGGGGGUAUCAACAACUUGGGUAACCGCACCAUUUACCUAGGCAACAUUCACCCAGAGACUACAAUCGAAGAGAUUUGCAACGUUGUCCGUGGCGGGCUCUUGCACCAUAUUCGCUACAUUCCCGACAAGCACAUUUGCUUCGUCACCUUUAUCGACCCCACCGCUGCCGCCUCCUUCUACGCCCUGAGUAACCUUCAGGGUCUGAUGAUCCACAACCGUCGGCUCAAAAUUGGCUGGGGCAAGCAUUCUGGUGCUCUGCCACCUGCGAUUGCACUGGCUGUCAGCGGCGGUGCUUCGCGCAACGUUUACGUCGGCAACCUUGACGAAACUUGGACCGAGGAACGUCUGCGUCAAGACUUUUCCGAGUAUGGUGAGAUUGAGCUAGUCAAUACUUUGCGUGAAAAGAGCUGUGCGUUUGUCAACUUUACCAAUAUUGCCAAUGCCAUCAAAGCCAUCGAGGCUAUUCGUGGUCGAGAUGACUACAGAAAGUUCAAGGUCAACUUUGGCAAGGACCGUUGCGGCAAUCCUCCUCGCCAAAUGCAGCAGACUGCCUCGCCGCGCAGUGACGGUGUCGGUUCCCCGCAGGCUGGCAGCUCCCAGAAUGGAAGUUCACCAUCGAAUGACGGCAACCAGCAGUCCGCGGCCCUCUUCAACGCCAACAACAACCCCCUUACCAUGUACCUUAGCCAGCUCUCCCAACAUGCCCACCAACAGCAGAACCAACAGCACCUGCAGAUGGCUGCUCAACAGAAUGCCAUGUUUGGCACGGCCCAGUCUUCUGGAAACGAGCUGGGUCUAGAUAUGCCUCAGCCUCACCUUGGUUCUCAUGGUCAGUCGGCUAGCAUCUCCAAUGGUUACUCCACCGGCCCUGGCGUGACUGGCUCCACAACUAUUGGGGGACUUUUGGCCCCUGGUAGUGGGCGCGGCUCGCACAGCCGUGCUGUGAGCCUGCCGGCUUUCGGUCCUGGUUUUGAGAAUGGCGGCAACAGCCCCAACAGCAUGCAUGGCAGCAACGGUAGCGAGGGUGAGCAGCAGCGACGCGGCCACCAAUACCAGGCUAGCUACGGCGGCAUGGGAGGCAGUGGCUUUGGCCUCGCGAUUCAAAGCGGCCUCAACGGCUGGGCCGAAGAAGAAGUGGCCAAUUAA